UUAUCGCGGGUCAUUUAAUGUCUCCUACAAGUUGUGCGCCGUCAGUCAAGUUCACCGCGGUGUAUUUUCGUGACGGAUUACUGUGGCAUGUUGAUCUCGUAAAGUGCGACACAAGAUCGUGUCCCUCUCGAGUAACGAGCGUUGUCACCCAUUCAACUCAACCAUCAGAUGUGGGACACAAUAACAACACGGCUCGCUGCCAAGAGCCGUGCGCCCCGAGUCGUUUGCCAGUCGUGAAAGAUUGUUGCAGGCACGUCCAACUUUGGCAAUUCUCUAGCGAUCGAGAGGCAACGUGUUGAAGUCGGAGAGGACUUUUGGAAGACCGGAUUGAUUGACAAAAAUGAGCGUGGCCUCACUCGUUUUUCAUCUAACCAUCCUGACAGCUGCCACCUGGGCGUCCGAUGAAGAAACCCGCCUUGUCAAAACCCUCUUUACCGGUUACAACAAGGUGGUCCGCCCUGUCAGUCACUUCAAGGACCCGGUGGUGGUCACCGUGGGCCUGCAGCUCAUCCAGCUUAUCAGCGUGGAUGAAGUCAACCAGAUCGUUAACAGCAACGUGCGACUCAAACAGCAAUGGAAAGAUGUCAACUUGCAGUGGAAUCCAGAGGAUUAUGGCGGCAUCAGAAAGAUCAGAAUUCCCUCCACUGACAUUUGGCGGCCCGAUCUGGUGCUCUACAACAACGCCGACGGUGACUUUGCCAUCGUGCAUGAGACCAAAGUGCUGCUCGAGCACACGGGACUGAUCACGUGGAACCCUCCUGCCAUCUUCAAGAGCUACUGCGAGAUCAUUGUGCUGCACUUCCCCUUCGACCUGCAGAAUUGCAGCAUGAAACUGGGCACCUGGACCUACGACGGGAACUUGGUCGUCGUCAAUCCUGAUAGCGAUCGCCCCGACUUGAGUAACUUCAUGGAGAGCGGCGAGUGGGUGAUGAAAGACUUCCGCAGCUGGAAACACUGGGUGUACUACUCCUGCUGCCCCGAAACCCCCUACCUGGACAUCACCUACCACUUCCUCAUGCUACGGCUCCCCCUCUACUUCAUCGUCAACGUCAUCAUCCCGUGCAUGCUCUUCUCUUUCCUGACCGGACUUGUCUUCUAUCUGCCGACAGACUCCGGUGAGAAGAUGACCCUGAGCAUUUCCGUCCUGCUCUCCCUGACCGUCUUCCUGCUGGUCAUCGUGGAGCUGAUCCCGUCCACGUCCAGCGCGGUGCCGCUCAUUGGGAAGUACAUGCUGUUCACCAUGGUCUUCGUCAUCGCCUCCAUCAUCAUCACCGUCAUCAUCAUCAACACUCACCACCGCUCCCCAAGCACACACACCAUGCCAGAAUGGGUGCGAAAGCUUUUCAUCGAAACCAUCCCGAACAUUAUGUUCUUCUCAACGAUGAAGCGCCCCGGAAAGGAAAAACCAGUGAAGAACAUCUAUGGGGCAGACUUUGACAUCUCCGACAUCUCAGGCAACCAGGCCUCUGCCGUGCCCUACCAGUCGCCCCUCACCAAAAACCCAGACGUCCGCAGUGCCAUCGAAGGAAUCAAGUACAUCGCGGAGACGAUGAAAUCGGACGAAGAAUCCAACAAUGCUGCUGAGGAGUGGAAGUUUGUGGCCAUGGUGUUGGAUCACAUCCUGCUCUGCGUUUUCAUGGCUGUGUGUCUCAUCGGCACGUUAGGCGUGUUUGCCGGACGGCUCAUUGAGCUCAGCAUGCUCUAAAUCAGGGGGAUUCAAACUUUUUACAAACAGGUGCUGUACCUCCAAAAAUAUAUAUACUUGGUUUUCUAAAUACCACCAUCAUGACCAAGAUUAAAAUACAAUAGAUUGGUAAGUGUUCAUCAAAAAGGAGACAGGUUUUACAACUAAAAAGAAAACGCACUUAAAUAUUGAUUCGAUGAUUUUGUACGAUAUUGUGCAUUCAAUAAAAAUUAUAAUCAUAUCUAAAUAAGUGCUGAAAAAUAAGUUAUUGCGUCAAGAUUAAAUGAUGGAUACAAUUUAAGUGGACGCGGGCAGUGAUUCUCCUGAAUACCACUAGAGGGAGUUCACGUAUUACACUUUUGACAAUAACGGCUCGAAGAUGCCGAAAGUCUCAUUGUUGCUCAAUGUGAAGCGAACCUCGUGACAUUUUUUGUGACACUUUUGCGCAUUUGGUGCUUCAAAAUGACUUUAUUUACGUUUUACAAUAUCAUUGUGGACAUCUUUAUCAUAUAA